UAUGAUCAGAAUGAUGUUGGGAGAAAAUGUUUGACGCUCUUCAAGCUUUUAGUUAAAGUCAUGAGUUUUCUGAAAUUUAUUUUGCAGAGUAAACGGUUUUUGUUGAUAAAUAGUCACUUAAUACAUUUUAAUGAAAAGAACAAAAUCCAAAACUAUUUGCUUUCUGCAGCCAUGCGGCCGUCCUUCUCUGUGAGUCUGGAGCCCGGUCUGGAGCGAGGCGUCCCGUGGGGUCGUGACCUCUUCACCUUUGUGACUUCAGCAGCAGGUCACAUGAUGCGGACUCUUCAAAAGCCCCGGAAGAGCCGUCCGUCCAAGCGGCAGGUCAACCACCGCCGCUUCCUGCAUAACAUGAUCCAGAGGAAAUUUGCAGAUAUAGAAGCAGCGAACCAUCGUCUGGCGUCGGCCCUUUAUGUUAAGGACACACAGGAGCCUCUGGAGCCGCAGGGCUCCACGUACCAGAGCGAGGCUCUGCAGAAUCCUGAUCAUAACGGAGGUCAAACAGAUGCAAAGGGCAUCUCAAGGUCGAGGGACAAUGCGUCUGUUGCCGGGGAGCCAAAGGAGCUGGACGAUAAACAAAGAAAAUCCACCAACAACCAAAACAAGACGAGACAAACCAAUGAAAAAAGAAACAACAAAGCCGUUGAGUUCUCAAAAGUUUUUCAGGAGUCGGAGCUCCUUCAGUCUGAAUAUCCCAGUCAGCAAAACCAAAUGAACCCAAUUAACAACCUCAAUGAAAACAACCAGCACCCAAAUGUUAUUGUUCUCACCCAAAACGAGGACAAUUCGCCUCCUUUCUCCCCAGAGCUCUCUCCGCUGUCUCUCGACUCUUGUGAUUUCUCAGCUCAGAUGUUGACGGACCUCUCAGCCAACACAGAACAAGAAACCAUCCGUGACAUAACCGAGCUCUUCACGGACCCAGUGGGUCACAUGGACGUAGAGUCCUACUUUGAAACCAUCUGUCCGCGCCGGAUGGAAGACAUGAUUCUGUCUGAUAACUUCACUGGGUUGGAGGAGAACAUGGAGCCCGAAUGCAGCUUUGGCUACAGCUGUGAAGAAGAUCGAGGAGGAACCGCAGAUUACGUCCAGCGUAACACGGGAAACUCCCGUCAGCCGAGACAAAGUGAAUACAAAGCGAGUGCCUCCUUCUACAGCGUCUCUGAGCAGCAGGGGAGCUGCUGCAUGCUGGGAAACGACCUGAACGUUGCACCGUUUGAAGGCGUGGCUCAGUCUUUCCCAGUUCCUCCUCCUCAGCAGGAGCGCCAUCCCGUACCGACGCCUCCUCACGACGAUGACUGGCUGUUUCCUGACAUCCUGAAGGACAGGCAGCUGCCUUACUGCUGAAUCCACACGUUUACGGAGUUUCAUUACGCUGACGUUCAUAUUUAAACGUGAACAUUUCUGUAUGUUUUUAAACUGCCAUUGGGAUUUCUACUGAUUCUACAAAAAAAAAAAAAAGCUUAAAAGAAAACAACCCAACCAGUUUUCAGGAAAAAAGUUAACAUUCUUUUAGUAUCUGGAAAAUGAGCUGUUUCAAAAGCCUCCUGAGUCACAAUUGAUGGGCACUGUACCGUUACCUAGCAACCCCACACUAGAAAAAACUCAGGUAGUCCAACUUAAUUUUUAUUUGUUACAAGUAAUCAAAUUAAGUUUAUCCAAGUGAACAUAUUAAGUUCAUUAAGUUGUAUUUUAAUCAAAAGUAAGUACAUUAAGGUUGACAUGCUUAUGAAUCAGAGAUUUCCCAUUUUCACUUUGGGCCAUAUCAAAAAUCAAAAUGUUCUUAAAGGGCCGGUUGUGCCAGAAUAUAUUGAUAAAACCUAUUAAAUCGUUAAAAUAUCAAUAAAUAGGUGUUUGCUUCAGCAUUCAAUAAGUAUUUCUUAAAAUUAAAUAAUAUUGAACGUCUUUUCACACCGAUCAGUGCAUUCAGGAUUUUGUGAUUGUUUUUUUUUUUUUUUAGCAAUCAAAAUCACAUAUUUUGUGGCGCCAGUUUAGAAAUAUUUGUAAGGAAUUUUUAUAUUUGCGCUGAUGUUAAACGUGACUUUCACAGACUAUGAUUUGAUGUCAGCUGGGACGGCAGUCACGUAAACUUAAAAAUGUUUUUGGCCAAUUUUGAGGGAAAUUUGCAGUAAAAAUUUGAAAAGAAUGUGGGAAUGUGUUGAUUUUGUGUUCAUUUUACAGAUUUGUGGAAAAACUGGAGGGAAUAAUUGAUGUAAUUAGGAGUUUAGAGGGCCACAUAAAAGGCUAUAGCGGGCCAGAAUUGGCCACAUGUAAUAUAUUAACAAAUUUUCGUUAAGUUGGAGUUCCAUUUUUUUUUUUUUUCAGUCAGCUGAGCUCACUGAAAAGCUCAGCUGGUUUUAUCACUGUAUGCUCAGAAGCACCUUUGUGGAUUUAAAGUGACAAGACGCCCUAAAGCAGCUCUGUCUGAAAGAAACUCGUAUUGACCAGAGUAAAAUCUCAUUAUCUAAAAAUAACUGUGCAAAAAAAUGUUGACAUGUUUUGUAGCCGUAGCCUGUUAAGGAAGCAUAAAUGGUCACCUUUAAGUUGCUUUGUAACUAAAUAAUAUUUUGGAGACCAUAAGACCUGGAUUACAUGGAUAAGUUGAGAUGUUUUUAUUCUUUUUCUUUUCUUAAUCAACAGGACAAGAAGAGCUUUGCAAAAGUAUUCACAGUAUUCAUUUUGUCAUAAUAGAACUACAAAUGUGUUUUCAUGAGACAUUAUGUGAUGCGUUGUGUGCAAUGUAAACGAUUUUCUUUGAAAAAUGGCUCCAGCUCGGGUAGUUUAGAUGGAAAGAAAAUGUGAACGUGCCACAGAUUUUCAGUGUUCUCAAUUAGCUUUGGUUCUGAACUUUGACUAGACCAUGCAAACACAUGAAUAUGCUUUGAUCCAAAUUUUUCCAGUGUAGUUCUGAGCUGCUUAUAAGUGCACGCCACACUUUUCAGAUUUUUAUUUGCUCCUUUUUUGUCAUUUCACUAAGAGAUGCCAUGAAUGGUUUUGUACUAGUUCUAGGUUUAUUAUCCAUUCAUUUGCAACAUAAUUUUAGUUUUCUGUGAGUAUUUUGAGGCUAAGUUUAACAAACGUUUCAUUGUUUUGAAGGAUAUAUAAUUAAAUAGUUUACUCAGUGUAUUAUGUCACAUUGUUCUGUCUCUGCAUGCUUUGGACCUUUUUAGUUCCUGACAAUAAAAAGUAAAUUGAA